AUGAAGACUUUCGGAUCACUCAUCACAGCCUUCGGGCUGCUUGCCGUAGUCAACGGUCAAAAGUAUUCCAAUGAUACUGGUAUCGCGUAUACGACUAUCACUACUGAUAUCUAUACUACCGUCUGCCCAUCUCCCACAAUGUUCUCCAUGGGAUCCAAGACCUAUACUAUCACUGAUUCUACUACCUUGACCAUCACUGACUGCCCUUGUACAUACUCUACCACCAUCGGUAAGACUCUUCCAACAAUUUCAGCAUCCUCCUCGAGCAAGCCAAGCAACUCGGUUCCAUCUGCUUCAGCUUCCUGGUCAAGUAAGCCAAGCAACUCGGUUCCAACUUCAUCCUGGAGUGUUUCCAGCAGUGUCUCCUCGGUUAUCAAAAGCAACGCGUCUGUCCCUCUCGGAACUGGACCAACUUCAAAGCCUGUCAAGCCAACCGGGACCGGGCACACAACAUGGACCACCUACACCACCGACAUUCUUACAACUGUCUGCCCUACCCCAACUACAUUGACUAUUGGAUCCAAGACAUAUACAAUUACUAAGUCGACUACUUUGACCAUCACCGAUUGUCCUUGCACUGUUAGCAAGCCACAUCCAUCCAGCAGCUCAAUCCCAAUUACCCCAUCAUACAGUCAGAGCAGUAUCAAUUCUACCUCUACGCCAAAGACUACAAUUGCUGUUCCUUCUUACGCUAAUUCCACAAUCCCUGUCCCUACUGCUCCAGUCUCAUCAAAGACUGCCUCAUCAUCCAGCCAGAGCAGUAUCAAAUCUACCUCGACACCAAAGACCACAGCGAUUAUUCCUUCUUACCCUAAUUCCACAUGGUCUUCUCCUACUGCUCCAACCCCACCAAAGACUACCCCAGUCGUCUGGACCACCACUGUUGUCAGCAGCUAUACCACUUACUGCCCAUCCCCCACUACCGUUGCCAUUGGUAACCACACCUAUACUGUCUCAUCGGCCACAAAUUUGACCGUCACAAAGUGCCCAUGCACAGUCAGCUACACCUCAAGUGUUCCUUCUUACACGGCCCCAGUUGUUCAACCUACUCCAAGUACCAUCACCCUGUCAUACUUGACAACUUACUGCCCGGCACCAACCACAAUCACCGUUAGCUCGGUUCCCCAUACAAUCACUGCUCCUGGUACCGUCAUUAUUCCAGUUGUCACGGUCUCGGUGGGUACUCCUGUAUAUAAUACAUCAGUUCCAUCCUCGCCUGUUGCUGUUCAGCCAACUCCGAGCACCAUCACCCUGUCAUACUUGACAACUUACUGCCCGGCGCCAACCACAAUUACCGUUAGCUCUGUUCCCCAUACAAUCACUGCUCCUGGUACCGUCACUAUUCCAGUUGUCACGGUCUCGGUGGGUACUCCUGUAUAUAAUACAUCAGUUCCAUCCUCGCCUGUUGUUGUUCAGCCAACUCCAAGCACCAUCACCCUGUCAUACUUGACAACUUACUGCCCGGCACCAACCACAAUCACCGUUAGCUCUGUUCCCCAUACAAUUACUGCUCCUGGUACUGUCACCAUCCCAGUUGUGACUGUUUCUGUUGGUACUCCCGCAUACAAUACACCAGUUCCCUCUGCAUCAGGUUCUUCUGGACCUGUUAUUUCUGUAGAUACUCCAGUCUACCAAACAGUUCCCGGAGUUUCUACUCCAGCUGCCACUGUUCCGGUCGCCACUUUCCCAGUUGCCAGCGCCCCAAUUGCCAGUAACCCAGCUGCCAGUGUUUCAGUCUCCAGUGUUCUAAAUGCCAGCAUCCCAGUUGCUAGCGUCCCAGCUGCUAGCGUUCCAGUUGCCAGUGCUCCAGUCGCUAGCAUCCCAGUUGCCAGUAUUCCAGUCGCCAGUAUCCCAACCGCCGGUAUUCCAGCCACCAGUGCUCAAGUUGAAAGUGUUCCAGUUGCCAGUGGUCCAGUUGCCAGCGCCCCAAUUGCCAGCAUCCCAGUUGUCAGUGUUUCAGUCGCCAGUGGUCCGACUGCCAGCAUCCCAGAUGCUAGUAUUCCAGUCGCCAGUGCUAAAGCUGAAAGUGCUCCCGUUGCCAGCGUCCCAAGUGCUGUUCCAGUUGCCACUAGCCCAGCGGCUGCAUCCACCACUUUGGCCUCCGCAACCACCUCCAUCGCUAGUGGCACCAAAACUGGCCCAGCUCAAUUCACUGGUGCUGCCAUGAAGGUUGAUACCGGUUUCGGUGCUAUGGCCGUCGCUGGUAUCGCAGCCUUAAUAUUGUUGUAA